UUCCCGUGAAGGCGUAUACGUAAUAAAUUUCCCUUUCUCCCUCAUUUAUUAUACAUAAUUAAUUACAGAUUUAUGCACAUAGCAAUACUGUGCGUAUUGUACUUGCGUACGUGUAUAACAGUGUGUAAACCGUAUGCAGUGAGCUUGAAUUAAUUAUUUUUGGGGGGUUGGCUGGAGGCAGGUGGAGCCUUGAGCCACCAAAACAAAGCUGGGCCCAACCUGACGCCCACCACCCUGGUCCAUACACCGCCCAUACACCGCCCACACACCACCCACACACUGCUUACACAUACACCAGAUCAGCCUCAGUCUGGGUACGGGGUACACCUCCUGUAAAUGCAUUUGGGCAUGGAAAGCAUGGAGUAUUGACGAUUUAAAGGCGCGGAUACGGACGGGUGGGAGUCCAGUAACAUUUUAAAGUGCAUCGUCCCGACUCCUUAACGACGAAGACGUCCUCCAGGAGUCUUAAGAAAGUCCUGAAGACUCGAGGAAGUUCUCCUGAAGACUCAGGUGUUCCCAAAGACUCAAGAACACCCUGCAGGAGCUUCCAGGAUGGGUAGACCCAGGGGCUGAAGAUGGUGCUGGUGUAGCUCGUGAUUAUGGUUGCCAUGGAAGUGAUUCAGUAACACCUAAAAAUUCCGGGUAAAAAUGUUCUGUAUUUUAAGGUUUUAAGAGACGAGACAUUUGUUGUUGCUAAGUAUGCAAUAAUUGAAAACAUAAAAUAAAUUACUGUGUAUUAUCAUAUAAUGGAUGCCAGCAGUUUAUGUAACAAGGAUUAUCAAGGGCCUUGCAGUAGAAAUAACAUGCAUGUAUCCAGUAGUAAUGCAAAUGUAGCAUCUACAGACUGGUCUCUUUGCAUCUUCUGCCAGAAAUUCACAAGUGAAAGGCUUACUUGUCUUGCUGAAUCCAAGCAUAAAGGUGCUUAUGUAGGGUAUAGCACUCUCACAGAUAUUUUAAAAAAGUUUCACUACGUUGGAGAGUUGCCAAACUCCCUCAAUCUUAUCUGGUCUGAUGAGGGAGAUGGGAUCACUGCUACACUAGCAAGCCAUAAAGCAAAGUGGCACAAGGCAUGCCAAGACAGCUACAACAAAACUAAGCUAACUCGUCUCCAGAAACGAAAAUGCUUUGAUUCUAGUGCAUUUGUAAGUGAUAGAGUAUCAAAGCGAAGUAGAUCUUGCUACACUGGCAGUCAUUCAGAAGAUACAAGUGAACUAAAAUUCUUCUCCAAUGAAGUAGGCAAGCCUGGAGAACUGCAUCAACCUAAUAUGUUAAACUUUGAUUCUAAAAUGCACUCAGCUUCCACCAGGAUGUUAGAAAGUUUACAGCAGAAGGAGCCACCAUCUGAAUUUGUAGAUGUUGCUGAGAGAAACAGAAAGAACCAAAGUCAUGGAGUGAAUCGUGCAGAUCGACUGUGCCAAGAUGAAGACUUCGCAGCAGCACAGGAGGAAUGGGAAGCAGUACAGUGUGUAGAGCCAAUACUUCGUUCGCCACACAAGGAAGACUUUCACAAAAGUCCUAAAAAACAUAUUGAUGGAUCAUCUUCCUCGCCAGCAAAAUCCCCUGCAAAAUCCUCCCAAGGCUUACCACCAAAUGUUAAAAUCACUCCACAUACAGAUUUUGAUGAGGUGUGGGACUUCUUUACUCGUCAAGAUAUGAGUCAUGUGAUGGGUUCCAUCAAGCCAACAUUAGAGCAGAGGGGGGUAAAUGGACUCUUUCGUAGCAUUUUUGGACCUAAGAAGCUGAAAGCUGAGCUUAUUGAAGAGAGAAAUUUGCUCUUUGCCAUUGCCCAAUGCCAGUUUGAUAAUAAUGAACCAAUACACCUCCAGAUUUUACAAACGGUGUAUAAGGUUCUCACUAGUACCAAGAUUGAUUGUCCUCGAUUUGGUAGUCAUUGGGAUGUGAUUGGAUUCCAGGGAGUUGAUCCUGCAACUGAUUUACGUGGUGUUGGUCUGCUUGGGUUGGUUCAAGCUCUCUAUUUAUUAACUCAUGAACCUCUGCUGCCUCUUGCCCGGGAUAUAUUUCGUCUCAGUCAUGACCAACAUUCGCAGUUUCCUCUUAUGGUGCUCUCAAUCAAUGUCACAAGGAUAUCACUACAAACUCUCCGAGAAGGAUAUUUAAAUAAGGAAUGCAAUAGUCGUAGUAAUGUAAGACAUGUGCUCAAUCAGUUCUUUACUGCAGUCUUGUUCCACAUCUAUUGGAUUUGGAAAACUGAAUCAAAGACAAUUAAAGAUUCUGGUUUCAUAAUAAAAGAUGCAGAAGCCUACUGUAAACGCAAUGUGAAGACUGUUUUGCAGAAGUUGCAGGCACAGCUGCGCAAAUACUCGCAUGAUGAAGCUGAGAUGCUGUGAAAUGUACAACUUACUUACUUUUAGGCUCAUGACAAGAUCUCAGAGAUAAUCAAGCACUUAAAGGCUGGGUGUGACAGGUUGUGAUUGUUAUUUAUAUUUAAGGUGUGGUAUUUCAAUAAAUUAAUUCGGUGAAAUACAGUACCAAAUAUGGAUGAUAGACCGAUUUUUAUAUUGGCUAAGAUUUUACAACGAUAUUCAACAGAUUUUUCUAGGUACAAACAAUUCUUUGACUCGACAGUGAACAUCUACUCUUGCAUUUAUUCAUCAUUUUUGUUUUGUUGAGUACUUUUAGGAGACUAGUGUGGAGUUAUAAAAGAAAAAAAUACUUUAUGCUGUUGUGAUUUUUGCUUCAUAUACAGUAUUUUUCUUGGAGAAAACUUAUAUUUAGGUAAAGGUAGACAUAUACAUAUAUGUGGCAUGUAUGUGUGCAGGCACUCACACUAACUCAUGUACACUUCUGACUGGCUGUCUUUCUUGACCCAUGUCCUUUACAAACACACAUGAGCAUGUUAAUUAUGUACUCUAGCACCUUUUAACUUUGAGCAUUUGUGGGAAAGGAUCACUGAAAAAAAAAAAUAAAAAUUCAAGAAAGUGAAACUAUGUAUGUAGGAAUUUUUCUACUUGUAUAAUCUCUCU